AUGGCGGGUUCUCAACUUAAAAGGCUAAAGGCCUCUUUGAGGGAGAAAGGCGUUAUUGGCCCUCAAUUAUCCAAAAAGCAGAGAAAGAAAAAUGCGCAGGAUGGAAAGGCAAAUAACAACCGAAGAUAUCAAAAAGCAGCAGAGCUGGAGGGCAUACGAGAAGAAUUCAAUCCCUUUGAUCUAAAACAUAAUGCCCGCGGUCCCAAGUUCCAAGUCACUACGAAUAGGCCAGCAGCUAGCAAUGCUGCUAAGGGAAGGCCCAGUGAAGCAAAGUCUCUCGGCGAGGAAAGGCGACGUCAAACUCUUCUUGUUGAACUCAACCGGCGCCAUAAAGUAGGAGGUAUACUCGAUCGACGAUUUGGAGAGAAUGACCCGCAUAUGGCACCCGAGGAAAAGAUGCGAGAAAGAUUCGUGAGGGAGAAACAGAUUCAUAAGAGUUCCGUUUUUGACCUCGAAGAUAACGAACCUAGCGAGGGCUUAACUCAUUUUGGGAAGUCAUUGUCAUUUGAUGGUCCUAGUUUGGUAGAUGACUUUGAGGAAGAUGACCUCUCAGCCGGAUCUGACGUAGCUACCUCGGACGACGAGCAUCGUGGCUCGAAGCGUAUGCGGCCUUUCGAUGACGAAGCCCAGGACGAUGCCGGGGAAGAAGGACAACCGGAAAGGAAGAAGUCAAAACAAGAAGUCAUGAAAGAAGUCAUUGCGAAGUCAAAAUUCUACAAGGCCGAACGACAGGCAGCCAAAGAUGCCGACGAGGAUCUACGCGAAGAACUCAACAUGGAGCUCCCAGCACUUCAUGAUUUAUUGUUCAACAGAAAAAAGGCGACAGAUAGCACAAUCGCUAACGAAGGAGAAUCUGCUGCUGCAGGCAAGGAGAGGAUGGAACGUGAUUACGACUUGAGACUCCGACAAUUAGCACAAGACAGAAGAGCACAGCCGACAGAUCGGACCAAAACUGAUGAGGAAAGGGCUGAGGAAGAAUCGAAGAAGCUUAGAGAGCUCGAAGAGAAAAGACUUAAGAGGAUGCGUGGAGAAGAAGUUAGUGAUGAAGAAGAUGAGGAGGACGUCGAUAAUGACCAGUCAGACGGUCAACCAACAAACGGCCCAAUUUUAUUCACAGAAACAGAGGAAGAUGAUUUUAAAUUAGGGAAAGGGAUAAGAACCCGGCCGACGGCGACGGAACUCGGAUUCGAUGAUGAAGACGACUUCAUAAUCGAAGAGAACUUAAUAGCCGAUGAUUCGGAUCUAGAGCCCAUCGAAAGCGAUGCAUCGUCCGAUGAUGAUUCGAAUGCUGAGGAGGAGGAUGAUGAAUUUACGAAAGGGCUACUGAACGACGAAGAAACACAAAACCCGGUGUUUAGCGGUCAACUUACGGGCUCUGCAGUACCAACUGACACCAAACAAGAUUCAAAUGGACUACCUUACACUUUUCCCUGCCCGCAGACUCUAGAAGAGUUUAUCGACUUAACACGGGGGAUCUCUAUACAACAUCUACCAACAGUCGUACAAAGAAUCAGGGCAUUGUAUCACCCAAAAUUGGAUAGUGGCAAUAAACCAAAACUUGCCAACUUUGUGGCGGUCCUCGUUCAGUAUUUAGCAUAUUCAUCCAACCAGGCGAAGCUGCCGCCAUUUUCUAUGCUUGAAAGCCUUAUCCGACACAUCCACUCCCUCACAAAGUCUUUUCCAGUUGAGUCUGCAAAUGAGUUUCGCUCACAGCUCGAAAACUUUGGCCACUCACGGCCGCUUACCCCGAAUCUUGGUGACUUGGUGAUUCUGACUGCGAUCGGAACCACCUUUCCCACGUCGGAUCACUUCCAUCAAGUGACGACCCCAGCCGGGCUGCUUAUCGCGCGAAAUCUUGAGAGAGUUCCGAAACAAGUUGCGGAUUACGUUCAAGGAGUAUAUUUAUCCACCUUGGCUCUUCAGUAUCAACGGGUUUCAAAACGUUAUGUGCCUGAGGCGAUGAACUUCUGUCUCAAUACGCUAUGUGCUUUAGCACCAGAGAAAGCUGAAGGUGCUUUAGGGCAAUUCCCAGUUCAUGAUCCUAUGUCAGGGAUUCGCAUCACUGGUGCUCAGUCUCUCACAGUAAGGAAGCUAACCCCCACGGACUGUAUCAAAGAUGAUAUCUCCGAUGAGGAGGCCCUCUCAACAAAGCUUGCAAUACUUACCACCACUUUCGGUCUAUUAGACGCAGCGGCAGAUCUUUACAGUGGAAAGUCCGCUUUUUUCGAAACAUUUGAGCCGGCCAAGAAUGUUCUCGCUCAUCUAGGUAGCAAGUCGUGCAAAGCCAAAUUUCCAACUGCUCUAAAUGACCAGAUUAAGAAACUCCAAUCCAAACUAGAUAAGAUGCUCAAGCUAGCUCAUAUGGCGCGACGGCCCUUAGAGCUCCAUCACCAUCGACCCCUCCCCAUCAAAUCAGCCAUUCCCAAAUUCGAAGACUCGUUCGAUCCCAAUAAGCACUACGACCCCGAUCGCGACAGAGCCGAGCUAUCCAAGCUAAGGGCCGAACACAAGAAGGAGCGCAAGGGCGCCAUGAGAGAGCUGCGGAAGGAUGCCAACUUCAUGGCUCGCGAACAGCUCAGGGUCAAGAAGGCCAAGGAUGCUGCGUACGAGAAGAAGUACAAGAGACUGGUGGCGGAGAUCCAAGGCGAGGAAGGCAGGGAGGCUAACGCGUACGAGAGGGAGAAGCAGAUGCGGAAACGCGCAGCGAAGAGAUAA